CUGAUGCAGCUGGGGGAACUUUGCCUGGAUCGCACUUUCCUGUUCGCUACUCCGCCCCCGCUGGAGGGGCUGAGCUCUGGGAUUCAAGAUGGAGUCGCUGAGUCGAGCUGGGCAGGAGAUGAGCCUGGCGGCCCUGAAGCAACACGACCCCUACAUCACCAGCAUAGCAGACCUCACGGGCCAGGUCGCUCUGUACACCUUCUGCCCUAAAGCCAACCAGUGGGAGAAGACUGAUAUAGAAGGGACCUUAUUUGUAUAUCGAAGGUCAGCUUCACCUUACCAUGGUUUUACCAUUGUAAAUCGACUGAAUAUGCACAAUCUAGUUGAACCAGUGAAUAAAGAUUUGGAGUUUCAGCUUCAUGAGCCAUUUCUUCUGUAUAGAAAUGCAAGCUUGUCAAUAUACAGUAUCUGGUUUUAUGAUAAGAAUGACUGUCACCGCAUAGCAAAACUCAUGGCUGAUGUGGUAGAAGAAGAGACAAGGCGAUCCCAGCAAGCUGCUCGAGAUAAACAGAGUCCCAGCCAGGCCAAUGGCUGCAAUGACCACAGGCCCAUCGACAUCCUAGAGAUGCUGAGCAGAGCCAAGGAUGAGUAUGAAAGGAAUCAGAUGGGCGACUCAAAUAUCUCCAGCCCUGGGUUACAGCCAAGCACCCAACUCUCCAAUCUGGGAAGCACUGAGACACUAGAAGAGACACUCUCCGGGUCACAAGAUAAGUCUGCUCCAACUGGACACAAACAUCUGACAGUGGAAGAGUUAUUUGGAACUUCUUUGCCAAAGGAACAGCCAGCAGUUGUGGGUCUGGAUCCAGAAGAAGUGGAGAAGCUGCCAGGAGAUACCUCCCAGAAAGAGCCCAGCUCGUUCCUACCGUGUUCUUUUGAACAACCAGGAGGAACUCCUCAGUUGGAAAACCUGGGUGUCCAUGCAACCACCCAUCACGCAGUCCAACCUGAAGUCACCACUCCGGUGCUAAUUACUCCUGCCUCCAUCACACAGUCCAGUGAAAAGCAUGCCCCGAGCUACACGAUCCCCUUAAGCCCUGUUCUCAGUCCUACUCUGCCAGCUGAAGCUCCUACUGCACAGGUUCCCCCCAGCUUACCUCGAAACAGCACCAUGAUGCAGGCAGUGAAGACCACACCUAGACAGAGGUCUCCACUCCUGCAUCAGCCAGUCCCUGAGCUAAGCCACACCAGUCUCAUUGCCAGCCAGAGCCCCUUCAGAGCCCCACUAAGCAUAACGAACACAACUGGCACAGCCCUUCCAAGCGUCGAUCUUCUCCAGAAACUCAGGUUGACUUCACAGCAUGACCAAAUACAGACACAGCCACUUGGGAAAGGUGCAGUAGCACCCAGUUUUCCUGCAGCAUCUGGCCAGCUAGCCACACCUGAGAGCUUCAUAGAGCCUCCCUCUAAGACAGCAGCAGCAAGAGCAGCAGCCUCAGCCUCCUUGAGCAACAUGGUGCUUGCUCCCCUUCAGUCUAUGCAGCAAAACCAGGAACCUGAACUGUUUGCCCAGCCUAAGGUGUUAUCCAGUGCCAUCCCGGUUGCAGGCCCUCCACUGGUUACUGCAACAACCACAGCAGUAUCUUCAGUCCUGUUGUCCCCAAGUGUUUUCCAGCAGACAGUUCCAAGGUCCACAGACCUAGAGAGGAAAGCAAGUUCCCCUUCACCCCUUACUGUUGGAACACCAGAAAAUCAGAGAAAGCCUUCCAUUAUCCUCAGCAAGUCUCAGCUCCAGGAUACAUUGAUACAUCUCAUAAAGAAUGAUUCCAGCUUCCUCAGUACACUUCAUGAAGUUUACUUGCAGGUUCUGACCAAAAACAAAGACAACCACAACCUAUGACUGGAGUGGAAUAAAUCUGAAGUUGAGGGUCAUCCUCAAAAACAAUAGGCUUCAUCAUGGAAACUUCUUUCUGAACAGAACAUUGAAUUUUGAGAAUCCUGAAAAUGAGCCUAUGAGAAAGAGACUCAUUCCUUAAGAAUGUUUUCCAAGUGACAUUCUCAGUGAUAAUGGAGGUUUCACUGUGAAGCAUCACCAGCAGACCUUUGACAAAAAAAAAAAAAACCAACAAAAAAAAAAGACCAUUGUGUAAGUUAUAUGGUUGUUUU